AAAAAACCCCGUACAUCUAACUUGCUUUAUUUUAUUUUUUACUAUGACAAUUACAAAUAACACAGUUAUACAAUUACUCCAACAUAUACAAGACACGUUGACUGACAUACAGAAAGGCCAAGAGGAAUUGAAAGAAAGACAGGAUGCAAUUCUGACUGAAAUGGCAAGCAUCACUACCAGCUUGAAUGCACUUCGCACUCCAGAUUUUUUUGCUACAACCUCUGACAAUGUUUCUACUGGUUCUAUUCCAAGACCAGUAAGCAACAUAAGAGGCAUAACUGUGAAGCAUAUUUAUAAAAUGAUGGCCAAAGAUCUUGGAGUCAAAUUGACCAAGGAAAAUAGAACAACACUUCAAAACUGUACACGUCUUGCAUGUGACAACCUAGCUCUUCUUCCUUCUGUCCAGGCUCUGGGACCUUCUCCUAGUUGGAAAUCCAUCCCUCAAGCAGAUAAAAAGGAGAUUUGUGCCAAUCACGCAAAUACUCUCAAAGAACACGGUAUUGAUUUUACAAGGUGUCAUCAGAACUGGGCAUCAGUCGCAAGAGUUAGUCAUCUAUGGAAAGAUCGCUAUAGAAAGGCUACUACUUCAGAAGCACUAUAAGAUAAUUUUAAAAAGUUUCUGUAAAACUAGUUACACUAUUAUCCAUAUAAACCUUUAAAUAAACAAAAUCUUCAAAAAAUAGUUUCC